UUAGCAGAAUGAAUUAUUUGAAAAUCAAUAGACACUCCAGGAAUGUUCUCAUAUUUCUACAAAUAAUCAGUGUAACCAUGCUAUGUGCAAUACUUUAUCCUGUUUUUAGGACUCGGCUUCUUCUUGGUUCAACUCGUAUACUUGCAAUCGCUUUACCAUUUUCCUCUGGUUUCACUGUUUUGUGCUCAUUGUUGAGUAAUGUUAUCAUCAAAACAAAAUAUCGUCUUGCUAUGACUGUCACACUUGGAAUAUCAGUUAUCAGUUUGGUUACAGUAAUUGGUUUCACCAUUGCAGUGUAUCAGUCUAUUGGAAGUACGAGUGAAGAAAGUUUUCAGCAGGAGUUUUUAAAGGUUUUGGAGCAAAAGUCGGAAAAGGGAAUGCGGACGCUUCACAAAUUUCAAAAAAUAACAGAGUGCUGUGGAGUUCCAUUGCCGACAAGUACUGGUUGGAAUCAAUCUUCAAUAACUCCAUCAAGCCCUUGGACUUCUUGGUUUUACUACACGCUUCUUGGUGAUGAGUAUAUCGAUGAAACUAGACGAUUAUUCACUUUGCCCUGGUCGUGUUGCUCAGAUAGAACUCUGGAUUGUGAGCAUUUGGCUUUUGAAAGGGUUUCUAUUAAACCAUCAAGCAAAGACGUGAUUAUUGACGAACUGGUGGAAAUACAACACAGAUUGAGAAACUCGAGAAAAAAUGAAGAUGGAAGACGUAGUGUAUAUGAUAAUGUUUGUGAAUCUCCGGCUAAAUCUAUAUUAGGUGAGGUCCCAUUUCAACUUGUUAUCAUUAGUUCUAUUUUUGCAAUUCUAUCCCUCAUUUCAAUUGGACUCGACGGAUUUUUUGUUCUAAUAGUCAAUCAAGAAUCUGAAGCAAAAGAAAACGAAUUCAAUAAAGAAUGAAUAAUU